AUGAUUUGGAGUGACCUCAUCCAGCAAAUAAUCUUCCUUUCGCUUAUUGGACUUGGAAUUUCAGGAAACUUCCUUAUAUUUGAGAGACAUGUGCACACAUUUAUCAUGGAUUCUGAGAAAAAACCUAUAGACCUUUUCUUCACUCAUCUGGCCUUUACAAAUGUAAUCAUUAUUUGUACCUCAGGGGUCAGGUAUGUAGCCACAGAACUUCAUUUCAAAAAUGUUCUAGGUGAUGUCGGUUGUAAAACUGUGGUUUAUCUUGGAAGGGUGGCCCGGGGCCAUUCCAUCUGCACCACCUGUCUCCUUAGCAUGUUCCAAGCUGUCACCAUCAGUCCCAGGACCUCCUUGUGGAGAAAGCUCAAACCACAAGCUGCAUGGAAAGUUCUUCCCUUUCUCCUCCUCCUUUGGGUCUUUAAUGCUCUCAUAAGCUCCAACUUGCUUCAUCACAUCACAGCAGGCAGCAGCAUGAAUAGAUCUAGAGUUGGGGUGAUUGAAGGGUAUUGCUACAUGCUGCGGUCCAGGUUGACAGUUAAGUGGCUUUUCCUCUCCCUCAUGGCUCUUCGUGAUGUCAUCUUUCAGGGUCUGAUGGGCUGGAGCAGUGCUUACAUGGCUCUCCACCUCUAUAAACAUCACAGGCGUGUCCUCUACCUUUACAGUUCCAGGUUUACAAAUAGUGCCAGCCCAGAAAUCCAAGCUACAUGGAGUGUUCUCAUUCUUAUGACCUGCUUCCUCGUCUAUUACUUGGGAGAUUUCAUCUUCUCCUUCUACAUUGGCUCAGUCUUGACCUUUGACUCCAUAAUAGUAAAUGGAAAAAUGUUUCUAGGACUUGGCUAUGCUGCUCUCAGCCCCUUUGUCCUGCUAAUAAAGGAUUUCCACCUGGUGUGCUGCUGGCACAGUCAAUGA